AACAAUUGAGAACACUUCCCAAUUUCUGAUUUUUCACUCAUGAUCAUAUCAUCUUAGCAUCUUAAUGCACAAUGGAGAUAACUUUUAUUUCAUUCUUGACAAUAUCAUUUUAUUUUAUUGGCAUUUGUCAUGGAAAGUCCUCAAAUGAGGCCAAAAACAGAUGUGAUCAAAAGGCAAUUGUCAUGUCCAAAACGCCAUGCCAGUCUUGUGCUUUAAACUCUAAUGUAAAUUGUUCUGAUGGCUUCACAAAGACUUCUGAGGGAAGUGGGUUAAGAGACUGCAGAUAUUCUCUGGAUAUUAAUAAAAUCUCUCUCUCUCUUCCUGGCUGUCGACACACGUGUGUAAAAGAAAGUAUACAGCCAUUGUGUUGCCCUGGGUAUUGGGGUCCAGACUGUAUGGAAUGUCCUGGAGGAGCUGCAACCCCGUGUACCAACAGAGGAACGUGUUCUGAUGGAAUACAGGGCAACGGAAACUGCACAUGUCAGGGAGGUUUUGGUGGUACCGCUUGUGAAACAUGUGCUGGAGACAAUUUGUAUGGUGUUGACUGCAGUUCAGAGUGUGACUGUGUGCAUGGUGUUUGUAACAGCGGAAUCACAGGAGACGGACAAUGUGAGUGUUUCUCUGGCUAUGGCGGCUCCAAGUGUGAUGAACCUUUACCAGAUUGUGCCGCUCUGCAGUGCCCAGAGAAUUCCAGAUGUGCAACUUCCACCAAUGGCGGGCUGGAAUGCAAAUGUAUGCCCAACUAUGAAGGACAUGGGAAAAACUGUAAACCUAUUAAUCCAUGCUCUAAAAAUAUUUGUUAUGCAUCUGCUGAUUGCACAUACUUGGGGCCAAAUCAACACAAGUGCACGUGCAAAGAAGGAUACAAAGGAGAUGGUAUAGUGUGCUUACCCGUUAAUCCUUGCCAGGAGAACUUUGGAAACUGCCCUACAAAUUCCUCUGUCUGUAAAUAUGAUGGUCCUGGAAAGUCUCAUUGUGAAUGUAAAGAAGGUUACAAGAAUUUUCAGUUUUGGAUAGGAUGUCAGCUGUUAGAUGUCUGUGCAACCAAGAACCCAUGCAGUAAAAAUGCUAUUUGUACAACAGUUGCCCCAGGCAUCUCUGAAUGCACCUGCAAAAACGGCUAUAUUGGAGAUGGAAUUGUUUGCUAUGGAAAUAUCUUGGAACGCAUAAAAGAAUUUAAUACAAACCCAGGGCAGUGGCAAGGAAAACUGUCCAUUGCCAUAUCAUUGUUUGAGAUGUAUGCUUGGCCACUGUCUUCACUGGGACCUUUUACUGUGCUAGUUCCCAUAAACAGAGGCAUCAAAGGGAAAGAUGUAAAGAACCUACUAGCUAAUAAAGAGAAUGCCCUUUACUUCAUAAAACUUCAUAUCAUUGCUGGUCAGCUGAAUAUUGAUGAUUUCAACAGCACAGACGUUAUUUAUACAUUAACUGGCAAAGCAGGAGAAAUAACAAAUGGAGAUCCGGAUAAUCAAUUUAAAAUAAGGAUUCAUGGAAGCAAGAAGAAAGGAAAACUGUUACAGACAAACAUAAUUGCAUCCAAUGGAAUUAUACAUAUCAUUGAUAGAGCCAUGGAUUUUGUGGAACCUACGCUGGAAAGUAACACAAAAGAAACUAUAAUGGCAAUUCUUCAAGAUAAUGGAAGGUAUAAUCGGUUCAGAUCUCUCUUAGAGAAAUCUAACUUGGGUCCAGCCCUAGAAAACGAUGGACCCUACACUAUCUUUGUCCCCAAUAAUGGUGCUCUGGAUGAAAUGAAAGAUGGAGAACUAGAAUAUUUGCUUUCAAAAGAGGGUUCCAGAAAGCUUAUCGAACUUAUGCGGUACCACAUUGUUACGUCUGCUGAGCUGGAUGUUGCCAACAUUAUCUCCUCACAUCAAAUAAUGAGCAUGGCGAACCAGCUAAUCCAGUUCAAUACAACCAACAAUGGUCAGAUUCUAGUGAAUGGGGAGGAGGUUGAAGAAGCUGAUGUUGCAGCAAAAAAUGGGCGUAUUUAUACUCUAGAUGGGGUGCUAAUUCCGCCAUCAAUUCUGCCAAUUCUGCCCAGCAGAUGUGAUGAAACUAAAUAUGAGUUAAAGCUGGGUUCCUGCGUUUCUUGUGCCACUGUAUAUCUGAGUAAAUGUCUAGGACAGUCAACUCCUACGGAUAUUUUUUCACAAAGAUGUAUGCAUAUGUACAGUGUAAUGGGAUUUGAUUAUCCUAGAAUAGGCUGUUCUAGGUACUGCAAUGUAACUGUGAAGGUACCCAACUGUUGCAAAGGUUUUUAUGGCCCAGAAUGCCAUCAGUGCCCUGGGGGUUAUGCCAAACCAUGCUCAAGAAAUGGACAGUGUAUGGAUGGAAUUACUGGAAAUGGUACUUGUGUUUGUGAUAAGGACUUUACAGGGUCAAUCUGUCACUUUUGCUUAAAUGGAAAUAAAUAUGGCCCCAGAUGUGACCAAAAAUGUCAGUGUGUACAUGGUACAUGUAACAACCAAAUUGACAGUGACGGUAGCUGCCUGCCUGGAUCCUGUAGGGGUGGCUAUGCUGGAAAACUGUGUGACAAAAAAACAACUCCAUGUGGUCCUCUUAUGAGUUACUGCCACGCCCAUGCGGACUGUGAAUACAGCAAUGGUACACCAAGCUGUAUAUGUAAAGCAGGCUAUGAAGGAGAUGGUAUAUACUGCACUGAAGUGAAUUCUUGUAUUACAGCUAGUGCCGUUUGCCAUGUGAAUGCUGAGUGCAUUCCAUCAGGCUCAGGAAGUUACAAAUGUGUGUGCCAGCCAGGAUGGGCAGGAGAUGGAAUGGAUUGCUCAGAGAUUAACAACUGUCUCACACCAGACAACGGAGGCUGUCACGUGAACGCUACUUGUGUAUAUAUUGGGCCAGGACAGAGUGACUGUGAGUGUAAUAAAGGAUUUAGAGGAAACGGUAUCGAAUGUGAACCAAUUAAUGAAUGUCUGGAGCAAAAGGAUAAAUGUCAUUUUUUGGCUACUUGUCAGAAAACACCAUCAGGUUUCUGGGAAUGUGUUUGUCAAGAUGGUUAUGAAGGCGAUGGUACAAUAUGCUACGGAAAUACAGCACAGGUGAUUGCAUCACUCACAGAAGCCUCAGAGUUUCACAAAUGGAUUAAUGAUGCUACACUGAAGUCUAUGUUUUCCCAAUCUUCGAAUGUUACUGUAUUGGUACCAUCACGGAAAGCUUUUGAAAAUAUGAGCGAGAAGGACAAAACAUAUUGGCUGACAAAAGAGAAUAUGCCAACCUUGCUCAAAAAUCAUAUAUUGACCGGCAUCUAUAAAGUUGACGAUAUAAAGAAAUUGAAUUCCUCUCAUUUGCUGGCAACCACUCUGCAUAGCAAUUUUCUGCAUCUUUCUAAAGAAAAUGAGAAUGUGACCGUAGAAGGAGCUAACUUUGUUGUAGGAGAUAUAUUAGCAACAAAUGGUGUUGUGCAUCUUAUUGAUAAGGUUUUAGCUCCUAUUACAUUUAUGGUUAGUACAAUGCCUGACCUUAUAACCAGGCUUGACCAGAUGCCAGAUUAUUCCAUCUUCCGGGGUUAUAUUAUUCAAUACAAGCUGGCUACAGAGAUUGAAGCCACUGAUACCUACACAAUAUUUGCACCUCAUAAUGAUGCCAUCAACAAUUACAUCCGGAGCAAAAGCCCAGCAACUGUGGAUGAAGACACAAUCAGAUAUCAUAUUGUGCUGGGGCAGCAGCUUCUGAAGAAUGAUCUACAUAACGGCAUGCAUCGGGAAACAAUGUUAGGAUUUUCUUUCCAAAUUGGAUUUUUUGUACAUAGCGGACAGACAUAUAUUAAUGAUGCCCCAGUAAAUUAUACUAAUAUAGCCACCAAUAAAGGAAUUAUCCAUGGAAUCGAUAAGGUUUUGGAAAUCCAGAAGAAUCGAUGUGAUAGUAAUGAAACAACAUAUACUUUGAACAGGUGUGCUGAAUGUACAUUUGAAAAUACAUGUCCUGCAGGAUCAAAAGCUAAUCUGUUGUUUAAGAAGCACUGCCUCUACACAAAGUAUAAUUUGCAAAGAAAAUUUAUAGCAGUUGGGUGUCAAACACAGUGUGUUACCACUAUAAUUACAAGAAAAUGUUGUGCAGGAUUCUUUGGGCAACAAUGUUUGCCUUGUCCAGGCAAAUAUGGACUACCUUGCUUUGGCAAUGGCAUUUGCAUGGAUGGUAUAAAUGGCACAGGAGUUUGCCAGUGUGAAGACGGAUAUAAUGGAACAGCUUGUGAAAUGUGUGUCAAGGGAAAAUAUGGUUCUCACUGUAAUCAAGAAUGUGUUUGUGUUAAUGGAAAGUGUAAUGAAGGUAUCAACGGAGAUGGGAGUUGUGAGUGCAACGUUGGCUGGAAAGGAGUAAAAUGUGACAUUGUGAUUAAGGAUGACGCCUGCAAUAAAACCUGCCAUACCAGUGCUAACUGCCUACUUAAUGCAGAUGGCUCUGGUUAUUGUAAAUGUGCAGCUGGAUUUAAAGGAAAUGGAACAUCAUGCUCAGCUAUAGACGCUUGCGCAACAAGUAAUGGUGGUUGUUCUGGGAAUGCAGAAUGUCGAAAAACUACCCCUGGAAGCCGUCUGUGCAUUUGUAAAGAAGGAUACACUGGGGAUGGAAUCGUGUGUCUUGAAAUUGAUCCUUGUAUGGAGAAUAAUGGUGGAUGUGACACAUUUGCAGAGUGCACAAAAAUUGGACCAAAUCAGGCUACAUGUAACUGUUUAGUGGGAUAUUCUGGAGAUGGCAAAAAAUGUACCUCCAUUAACCCCUGCUUUACAAAAAAUGGAGGUUGCAGUGACUCUGCUGUAUGUAACCAUACUGGACCAGCAGAAAGAUCAUGUACCUGCAAGUCAGGUUUCAUCGGGGAUGGAAUCCUCUGCAGGGGAACCAUCUCUCAGGAACUAGCAAAGAACCCGGAAACCUCUCAGUUUUACAACCAGUUACAGACAAACAAUGUCAAUGAUUUGAGAGGUACUGGUCCAUUCACUGUGUUUGUUCCCAAUGAUGCAGCCUACAAAAAUGAACCCAUGAUAAAAGAAUGGACUGCAAAGGGAAUGAUGGCCCAAGUUAUUUUAUAUCACGUGGUGUCUUGUGCUCAGCUUGUAAACGAUGAUCUGAAAACAAUGUCAAAGGUCACCACUCUCCAAGGAACAGAUUUAACCAUUUCUGUCUCACAGGACUCUGUGGUUCUGAAUACUAAUGUCAAUUUGAUCACCACUGAUGUAAUGAUGACAAAUGGAAUUGUACACAUUAUUGAUAAAUUUCUGGUUCCCAAAAAUAUGCAAGCAAUUAGCAAAGAUGUAAAAGGAAAAGUAAUGGAUAAUUUUACAAAGGUUACAGAAACAUAUGGAUAUUCUACAAUUAGUAAAUUGAUACAGGAUACAGGGCUCCUGGAACUGAUAAAUGAUCCUGUCCACAGGCCGGUCACCCUGUUUUUGCCAACAGACAACGCAAUCAAAAGUCUUCCCAAAGAACAAAAUGAUUUUCUUCUCAACAGUGAAAAUAAAGACAAACUUAUACAAUAUUUAAAGUAUCACAUAAUUAGAGAUUCCAAGUUCUCCGUCACAGAUCUCGUCACAAUGGCAUCAAUAAAAACACUUCAAGGUUUAGAUCUCAGCAUACAGUGUGGAAACCAAGAUUCCAUUGGAAAUAUCUAUCUGGAUAACAGACAAUGUAAACUUGUUCAGCGGAACCUGGAGUUUGAUGGAGGAGUCAUUUAUGGUAUUGACUGUCUACUUACGCCACAAAGUAUUGGUGGAAGAUGUGACAAUUUGGUAACAUUUGAUGUUAUGGGAAACUGUGGAAUGUGCUUCAGCACACCAAGCUGUCCUGCAGGAAGUAAGCCCAAGGGAGAGAAGAAAAAAUGCCGUUAUUCUCUUACACAAAAACGAGUUUUAGAUGGAUGCCGCUACGAAUGUGCCAUGGUCAUCUGGAUGACAAAAUGCUGUGCGGGUUAUUUUGGAAAAGAUUGCCAAGCAUGUCCUGGAGGUCCUGAGACACCUUGUAAUAACCAUGGAGCUUGUGAUGAUGGUUAUGAAGGAACAGGCAGAUGUAAAUGCAGUCCUGAAUUUAAUGGAACAGCCUGUGAGCUAUGUUUGCCGGGAAGAUAUGGAUCUGACUGUAAACUAUGUGACUGUACCGACCAUGGGGAAUGUGAUGAUGGCAUCAGUGGGACCGGACAAUGCACCUGUGAAAGCGGAUGGACUGGAAAACGCUGUGAAACCAAAUUAGUUCUGCCCCCUGUUUGCACACCUGUGUGUUCUAGUAAUGCUGUGUGUAGAGAAAAAAACACGUGCGAGUGUAAAAACUUAUAUGAAGGGGAUGGAAGAACAUGUAAAGCUGUGAAUCUUUGCAAGCAGAAUAAUGGCAAGUGUGACGUUAAUGCAAAAUGCUCUCAGAGUGGAGUAAAAGUGACCUGCAGCUGCCUGAAGGGAUAUAAAGGUGAUGGCUACAUCUGUGCGGCUAUUGACCCAUGUGUCGAUGGACUGAAUGGCGGCUGUCAUGAGCAUGCCAUUUGUACAAUGACAGGACCCGAUAAACGUAAAUGUGAGUGCAAAGAUAAAUACAUUGGAGAUGGAAUAGACUGUGAAGUAAAGAAAUUACCUAUUGAUCGCUGCUUACAGGAUAAUGGUCAAUGUCAUGCUGAUGCAAACUGUGAUGAUCUACACUUUCAAGAUACAAAAGUUGGAGUAUUUCAUUUACGUUCUUCCAAAGGGCAGUAUAAGUACACAUACAAUGAAGCCGUUAAAGCCUGUACUGAUGAAGAAGCAACAAUAUCUACAUACAAUCAGAUGUUGUAUGCUCAACAGGCUGGCUAUCAUCUCUGUUCUGCUGGCUGGUUGGAUAACUCAAGAGUAGGAUACCCAACAGCAUACUCCAAUCCAAAUUGUGGAUCAGGAUUUGUUGGUAUAGUGGAUUAUGGGGUUCGUGUCAACCUUAGUGAAACAUGGGACGUUUUCUGCUACAGAGUUAAAGAUGUGAAAUGCACUUGCAAAGCUGGCUACAUUGGAGAUGGUUACGCCUGCAAUGGAAACCUGCUUCAAGUCUUGGAGUCUUUCCCUAUGUUUUCAAAUUUUCUAUCGGCAAUACUGGUAUACUCCAACACCUCAGCCAAAGGCCAGGAGUUUGUGAACUACCUCACUAACUUGUCUAUACAAGCCACACUUUUUGCCCCAAGCAAUGAUGGACUGUAUGAAAAUAAGACACUUUCUGGGCGUGACAUAGAAUACCAUCUGGCCAACAUCAGCAAUUAUUUUUUUGAGGACCUCACCAAUGGAACAGUCCUUCAGACCAGGAUAGGAAAUAAACUAACAAUUUUUUUUGACAAUGGAUUAGAUGACAAGAUGUCCUCAGCUGGAAAGUCACAGAAUCAGACUAGAUAUGUGGAAGGAAAACGUAUUUUACAAUGGGACCUUUUUGCUUCGAAUGGAGUAAUUCACAUCAUUUCAGAACCUUUAACAGCUCCUCCUGAACCAAUAGCUCUGCAUGCAGGACAUGGAGCAGGAAUAUUUUUUGGCAUUGUUUUUGUUGCAGGACUUGUUGCUUUAGGUAUAUACUGCUAUAAAAAGUUCAGAAGGCAAGAUUUCCGUUUCCAGAAAUUUAAUGAGUUUGAUGAAAAGAGAAUUGUGUCCCAACUUGACAAACCUCCGGCCUCCAACAUAUCUAAUCCGAUGUAUGAAAAUUCCGCAGCAUCUGCCGCACCGUCAGAGCCUGUGACUCAGCCAGCAUAUGAUCUUUUUUCAGACUCAGAUGAACAACAACUUGUAGAUUUUGGAGGCCAUAGUAAAUGACGAAGAAUGAUAUAGCCAAAAAGACUUUAUUACGAGUAAACUGUGGUCAUACACACUAUUACCAACCUUAAUAAGGAUGCAGCAGGAUAGAUGAUGCAGUAGAAACAUUCAUGGUGAAUAUUUGGCUAACAAAAAAAAGCAUUUGCAAGUGAGAUUAUGUCAAAGGUUCUAGAAGCCAAAACCAUUAUACCUGUGUGAAUAUGAAUAGUACCCUUAGGCAGUGCAGUUAAAGUUUUACAAUAGUAUAAGCCUAUGCUUAUAAGAUGAAGACCGUAGCCUUAUUUAGGUUUGGUGGGGUUAGAGAACUUCUGAAUUAUAUUUCUAAGUAUAUGGAUUUGAUGAAAAUGUAAGGCUGGCAUUCUGAUAAGGUAAAAAUAUGCCAACAAUAAGAGCGAUGUAAGAAAGUAUUACAGAUUGUCCAACGUUUAAGACUUUCAAUGCAUUGCGUAUGUAUGAAAUGGGAAUACAGUUAAAGGCAAUGAGGAUACAGUCGUGUUUCCAUUCAUACACAUCAUGUAGUGUAUAUUAGGAAAUAAUGUUUAACAAACUAUAAUAUAAUUUACUUACUCUAUAAUACUCACUAUGUGCUGACAUGAAAUGGAACAUUAUAAAGUCAUAUCUUGAUCUUCUUUUUACAACGGAGCCAGGACACCUGCAAGCAGGACUGUUGAAAUAUUCCCAGGGGAGAAUAAAUAUUUGUUUUCAUUAUUUUGUGAAACCUACAAUUGAUUAUAUCCCAUGUGCAACUGAUCGUCUCCUGGGUGCAACCCUCAUAAUAGCUAGGAGCUAAAUACACUGUGAAGAUGUAAAUACAUAUAUAGGUCAUGUUUUUUUCAUUUGUACUUUGGUGUAAAUUUUCUCAAAACAUAAUAAUGUCCUCUUAUUUUGUAUCAGAAGUUUGCAAAGCUGUAUUUUAUUCCAGCCUAAUGACUUUUUAAUUAGUACUAACAAGGUUUAAAUGAGUUUAGUGUUUCUAUUACUGCACUUUAAACACACACACUUUCUUCAAUAAUUUUACUUCAAAUAUGCUGCCUUCAUCGUUAAUAAAAAAUGUGCUGUUGUAAAAUGUCUAUUUUAUUUCACAUGAAGCAGCUGAUCUCGCAGUAUGUCAUGGUAGAGAUUUAAGGAACAGUAUAAAGAAGGGGUAUAAAAUAAUUGGCAACACCUUUUUUCGAUUUUAUGUUUAUGUACAUGAUUAGCAAAAUUAAAAUCAUUUACUACUUUG